CCUCCGACAAAGUUACACCGACCGCCGCCGUUUUCGCAGCGAUUUGCCGACAGACGACACUGCAGCCGCCGUCGUCCUCACAGUUACACUGGAUGCAUUUGAACUUGAUGUUUCGACCUGUAAYCGAGUGCCGCUGACUAUAGAGCAUCAUGGUCAAGACGUUUCAGGCGUAUCUGCCGGACUGCCACAGKACUUACUCUUGCAUUCACUGCAGGGCGCACCUGGCAAAUCACGACGAACUCAUAUCCAAGUCUUUUCAAGGCAGUCAAGGAAGAGCAUACCUUUUCAAUUCUGUUGUAAACGUCGGAUGCGGCCCGGCAGAAGAAAGGAUAUUGUUGACCGGACUACAUGCAGUCGCCGAUAUAUAUUGUGAAUGCUGUAAGACCACCCUGGGUUGGAAAUACGAACACGCGUUCGAAUCCAGUCAGAAGUACAAGGAGGGCAAGUACAUAAUCGAAAUGGCACACAUGAUCAAAGAAAACGGCUGGGAGAGUCCGCCGAAGAAAUAAACUCAUCUAUACCCUCUAUCUCUCUCUCUCUCUCUCUCUCUCUCUCGUCAAAUCUCUUUGUUUUUCCCCAUCCCCCCUUGGCCUACCCACCACCCGAGCACCCGAAAAAUUCACACUCUCUCUUUCUCUCUCUCCUGUUUUUUUUUUCCGUUCGUCCGACCUCGAAAAAAGUUUGACGUUUUUCCGGGCAUUCCGUCGUGGCGUCAGGUCAUCGCAGAGUUAUGGCGGCCACGGCGCUAGACGAAAAACCGAAUA